AUGGUGGGCAUCUACACCGACGGUGUACACGAGGACAUUGCGCACGUGGCACGAGUGUUUGGCGUCCACGUGUACGCCCAUACAAAAUCCGUGUCCAUGUCCAAUAAGAACGACCGCUUCCAGGCCGCAGACCGCAUAGCUAUGAACUACAGGU